AUGGGGAGGUACAUAGAUUAUGUUAUAAUAAUUAUUAUUUUUACAGUUUCUCAUCCAACAACAGCAUCUGCUACUAGUCCAGAAGCCACUCAACCAUCAGACCCUGAAUCUUCACUAGUUUUAAUUAACGAGAGUCUUUCAUUCCAGUUUGAUAAGAAGUUAUUGCUAGGAAAAGGAGCUAGUAGCACUGUUCACAAAGGUACUUUUAAAGAGGAAGAUGUUGCAGUGAAAAGGAUGAAAGAAGAAUUAUCUGAUGAAUAUAAAGAGCUCUUAUUAAAUAUUAAACAUAAAAAUAUUGUACUGGUUCUUUGUAUUGAAAGUUAUCAGGGUCUUGACCACAUUGUUCUGGAGCUUUGUUUGGCUUCAUUCCAUCAAUAUUUCAAGGAAUUUGAAAAAGUAAUGAAUAAAUUUAAUGGAUUGACUGUUGUCAAAAAAGACGUGAAUCAAGAUGCAGUGAGAGGAUUGGAGUAUUUACAUGAACAAAACAUUGUCCAUAGAGAUAUCAAGCCAGGAAACAUUCUUUUAGUACAAAAGAGCUCUUCAUCUGAAGUUAAAGCAGUUCUGGCUGAUUUCGAUUUAUCUACAAAAUUAGAUGAUGAUCGGUCUUUAAAAACUACAUUGAACAAGAGAGGAACUCUAUCAUGGAUGGCUCCUGAACUGUUAGUGAAAGAUGGAUUAGAGCUUCAAUUCAGUCUACAGUCAGAUAUUUUUUCAAUGGGGUGUGUCAUAUAUUUUGCUGAAACUGAUGGAAACCAUCCUUUUGAUACUGGAGAUAGUCGUGGUGCCGCUAUUCAUCAAAAUGUCAAAAAUUACAAUCCAUGUGAUUUUCAUCCACUGAAUGGCAAGCCAAAAGCUACUGCUUUAAUUUUUAAAAUGAUAACGCGUGACAGAGCUUCAAGACCAAGUGCUAGUGAAGUAUUAGAUGAUCGUUAUUUCAAGGAAGAUGAUCCACAAGAUACUGUACAAGUACCACAACCACAGCUGACUGAAGGAGAGGAAGCACCUCAGGGCGCUACACCACAAGAUACCAUUGAGGUACAAGAUGAGGCCAGUAUUCUACCACCAGAGCAAAGUGUAUCAGCAAAUGGAGAAGGUCAUACUAGUAUUCCAUCACCAGAGCAAAGUGUGACAGAUACGUCAUAUGGUAAACAGUUAUAUGAUGUUAUGUUGAAUAUGUCUCAUUCUCUUCCUCGAUACAUAGUUGAUCAGUAUAUCAGAUUACUGGCAAUCAUUAAUGUGAAAUGUGAUGUGAAACCUGAUUGGUCGUUAUCAAGAAGGUUUUUAGAGUUAUACUCCACCCACGCAUCAGAGAAGUCUCCACAAGUUGCUGCAAGUUAUGUGUACAAGAUACUGACUGGCCUGGGGUAUGAAGAAAUGGAGGAUUUCAGAGCAUACCUGCAUACUGAGGUUGAAAUUGACACAAAAAUAAAUGAGGAAUUGGAGAAGAUUACUGAGUUCAGGCCAGCUGUUAUUAAAGUCAUACGUGAUGAACUGGGUCCUCGUUUAGGUGACUAUCAAAUUGAUCGCUAUCGUAUGGUUCUCACUGUAUUAUGCAGUAUUGCGUUUGAUUCUAACAAGUCCUUUUUUGAACUUUUCGCUGAUUUGACAGGAAAUCUUGGGAAAUACCCUCUUGCUGUUUCCUUGACCAUUGGAGUCCUGGAAAGAUCUGGUUGGGGAGAUACGAAGAAAUUGAAGCCAUUUUCGUUACCAAACUUUGAUCUUAACACGUCUUAUCCUAAAAUAGAUCUCUGCCUAACAGUUGCUGAUUACUAUGGUAACAUGAGUCAGAGGGACUUCAGCAGUGCUAAGGUGUACACCUCUUCACUUCACCUCAAGAGCCACAAUGUGUCUAAUAUGAGUAGAGUCCAGUUUACACGGUUACUGAUGGAGCGUAGUGUUGUUGAAGCUGGUAAUGUCUCUAACAUCGAGGAUACAGUACGAUAUCCUACCUUCUUUGAGAAGUAUGAAAAGAGAUGCAAAGGACCAAGCAAGGAGACUGCUCCAAUGACUAAUGAGACAGUAGUGCCAAGUCUGCCAACCCAAGAGACAGUGCCAAUCCAAGAGAUUAAGGCUCAAGCCACUUUAGGUCAAAGUCCAUCAGCUCCAACUGAUCAGCCAAACUUCUUUACUCGAGUCAAAAAAUUUUUUUUGCCUAGUUCAAAGCAGGAAGCACAAGAAGUUCCUGGUACUACCACACAAGCCAAAGAACCAACUCCUGAGAGUAGCAAUACAGCACCAGCUCCUACUGUUACUAGUGCAGCAAAAGAAGGCACAUUCCCACCUCCUGAAUUAUUUCCAGAACUGAAUAAAAAAGAGUAUGAGACAAAGCUAUCUGAAGGUCAUGUGAAAGAUAUCGUUAAAGAUAGUCGUAUUCUGCUGAUGACUGCCACUGAUGUAGAGCUAAGGGGAGUGCUGGGUUACUUAAAGCCGUUAGAUGGUUGGGAUAAAGUUAUCAAAUCGUUCAUUAACAAUACUCGUAUUUACGUUGGAAAAUGCGGGGGGUACUCAGUUGUGGUUGGAAGGAGUGCUAAUGCUAAAAGUCAACAAGGUGGCUUAGAUGCUUUGACAAUCACAAAUAAAAUAAUGGAGAUAUUUAAGCCAAAAUAUAUAAUUGCAGUUGGAAUCUGCUUUGGAAUGGAUCGAAGCAAAGUAAACCUUGGCGAUGUCAUUGUUUCCGACUUCAUUGUGGACUUAUCUGACUUUCGUAAAGAACCAGGGAGUAUCAUACCUCGUAAGCCUCAACCUCCAGCAGGAACUACUCUUUCAUCAUUUUUUAGCGACAUUUCUGGGUUUAAAAUGAAGCAUUCUCAGGAAGAAAAUGCCAAAGAAGUCAACGUUCAUUGUGGCCCCAUUGCUUCUUCUCCUGUUUUGGUUGAUGAUGAAGAAUUUAAAGAGCAACUAAGCAAAGCACGUCCUGAUGCUCUUGCUGGUGAAAUGGAAGGUGCUGCUAUAUUUUCUGCUGCUAGACAUGCUCAUCAUAAACCAGAAGUUAUAGUCAUUAAAGCUGUUGGUGAUUGGGGUGAUGGGAAGAAAGAUGAAUGCCGAGGUUGGAAGGAUUUUGCAUCUCAUGCAGCUGCUACGUAUAUUCAUCAUCAUUUGAAUGAUGCUGCUCCAGAUGCUCUAAAGUAGUGUGCUAUAGAGUGAUACUCUUAUUAUUACUAUUAUUAUUAGAUACUUAAUCUUGCAUUUUGAAAUGUGUUUUGAGUUUAUUAUUUUUUGUCCAAUUUUGAUUUGAAAAAGAAUGGGAUGUAUCAUAGAUAACUCUAAUAUCUAUGGAUGUAUAUCCACCAUUUUCAGCCA